AUGGCCUAUCCUCUCUCUACAAACUCUCGUUGGAUCAUCAACGAAAAAGGACAAAGAGUGAAGCUGGCAUGUGUGAAUUGGCCAGCGCAUCUGCAGCCUGUGGUAGCGGAAGGGCUGAGCAAGCAACCGGUUGAUUCCGUGGCCAAGAAGAUAAUGGCAAUGGGUUUCAAUUGUGUUAGGUUAACUUGGCCACUAGAUUUGGCUACAAAUGAGACACUGGCAACAAAUGUUACUGUGAGGCAAUCUUUUUGGAGUCUUGGUCUUAGUGAUGACAUUUCUGGUUUCCAAACCACGAAUCCAUCCAUGAUUGAUCUUCCACUCAUUGAAGCUUACAAGAGCGUGGUGACUACGUUGGGAAACCACAACUUGAUGGUAAUAUUAGACAACCACUUGACCAAGCCAGGGUGGUGCUGCCGCUACAACGACAGCAACGGUUUCUUUGGCGAUACUUUCUUUGAACCUGGCACGUGGAUCGCUGGUCUGACUAAGAUAGCCACAAUCUUCAAAGGUGCCCCCAAUGUCGUUGGUAUGAGCCUCAGAAACGAACUUAGAGGACCUAGACAAAACAUCGACGAUUGGUUCAAAUACAUGCAACAAGGAGCCGAGGCAGUUCACGGAGCAAACCCUAACGUACUUGUAAUCCUUUCUGGCCUCACCUACGACACCGACCUUUCUUUCGUGCGAUCACGACCUGUUACCCUAACUAUCUCCGGAAAACUCGUCUUUGAGAUUCAUCAAUAUGGAGUUCCAAAAACCCCAACGACGCAUGCGGCGAGAUUCUUAAAAUCCUCGACGACGGAGGCGGUUUCAACCUCCGGGACUUCCCGGUGUUUCUUAGUGAGUUUGGAAUGGAUGUGA